UCUGUCUCUCUCUUCUCCCAGUCCCGAGUGCGAAGCUUCCCAGUGCCGCAAGCGAGAAGAGAGAUGGCGAACUCCCCGGUGGCAGUCACUGUGAGGUCGAUCUCGGCGUUAUCAGGCCCCAGGAAGACGCGCAUGCACCGCCUCAUCGAGGAGGAGGGCAUCGUGCUGAUGCCCGGGAUCUACGACGCGCUCUCGGCGGCCGUCCUCCAGAGCUUAGGGUUCCGCGCCGGCUUCAUCUCCGGCUACGCCGUCUCAGCCGCCCGCCUCGGCAUGCCCGACAUCGGCCUCCUCACGCCGCCGGAGAUGGCGGAUGCAGCUCGAGCAAUUUGUGCCGCGGCUCCAAAUGUUGCAUUCAUCGUUGACGCUGAUACCGGAGGUGGCAAUGCUCUCAAUGUCCAAAGGACUGUCAAAGAUAUAAUUGCUACUGGUGCCGCUGGUCUGUUUCUUGAGGAUCAAGUUUGGCCAAAGAAGUGUGGGCAUAUGCAGGGUAAACAGGUGAUCCCAGCUGAGGAACAUGCUGCAAAAAUAGCAGCUGCAAGAGAAGCCAUUGGUGAUGCUGACUUCUUUCUUAUUGCUCGGACUGAUGCUCGUGCCACUGCAGGUGGUCUACCUGAAGCGAUUGCACGGGCUAACCUCUACAUGGAGGCUGGAGCAGAUGCCUGCUUCGUCGAGGCACCGAGGAGCGACGAUGAGCUGAGAGAAGUUUGCAAAAAGACAAAUGGAUUCCGAGCUGCCAACAUGCUCGAAGGCGGCUUUACACCCUUGCACACACCUAAGGAACUCAAAGAGAUGGGUUUCCACCUCAUCGUGCAUUCUACCACGGCCGUCUAUGCAUCUGCACGUGCAUUAAUCGACGUCCUCAAGGUGAUGAAGGAAGAAGGAACCAGCAGAGACCAGCUCCACAAGCUGACCACAUUCGAGGAGUUCAACAGCUUGAUCGGAUUGAAGACAUACAAUGAGAUCGGAGCUCGAUACGAAAAAUUCAGAGUUCCAUCGAACUGAGCGCAGAAUAAACGUAUCAAUCGUGGUAUCUUCAUGAAGCAUAGUUGAGUGUCUAGAGAUUAAGUUAUUGUUGUUGUGAGGAGUUGAGCUACUACUGUGAGGUGUUCUUUCCUUUUGUUCUUGUAGUUUGUCAUUUUGGGUGUGCCAUGUUGUGUGUGAGUCGCUUGUAGUUAUACAAUUCUUUCUCUUAUCAGCAAAAAUAAAUAAUAUGGGAUGUGAUAUGACUCCAUUUUUCA